AUGCUCGGGCCGCGGCUGCUCCUGCUCCUCUCCUGCGGGGGGGCCCUGCUCGGCGCCGGUCUGGAGGACAGCUCCUCGGUGCCCCCAGGGCUCCACAGGGUGAAGGACGCCCCCCAGACAGCUCCAGACAAGGGCCGGUGCUCAACAUGGGGGGCUGACCACUUCUCCACCUUCGAUGGCCUCACGUAUGACCUCUCGGGGACCUGCAACUAUGUCUUCGCGGCCGUCUGCAAGGAUGCCCCGUCCACCUUCAGCGUCCAGCUGCGGCGAGGGCCUGGGGGGAACAUCUCCCGGAUCAUUGUGGAGCUGGGGGCCUCUGUGGUCACCGUGCAGGGCUCCGCCAUUGCUGUCAAGGACGUGGGGGUGGUCAGCCUGCCCCACACCAGCAACGGGCUCCAGAUCACACCCUUCGGACAGAGCGUGCGGCUGCUGGCCAAGCAGCUGGAGAUGGAGCUGGUGGUCAUGUGGGGUCCCGGUGCCCACCUCAUGGUCCUGGUGGAGAGGAAGUACAUGGGCAAGAUGUGCGGGCUGUGCGGGAACUUCGAUGGCGAGAAGACCAACGAGUUUCUGAGCGAGGACGGCCAACUGCUGGAGCCCCACAAGUACGCCGCCCUCCAGAAGCUGGACGACCCCAACGAGAUCUGCGCCUAUGAGGCCAUCCCCAGCCCCCGGCUCCUGCAGGCAGAGCACGCCCAGACCUGCCUGCAGCUGCUGACCCUGGUGGCGCCCGAGUGCACCGUACCCCGGGAGCCCUUCCUGCAGAGCUGCCAGGCAGACAUGGCCGCGUGCAUCCAGCCCAGCCGGCACAACUGCAGCUGCGCCACGCUGUCUGAGUACUCACGCCAGUGCAGCAUGGCCGGCCAGCCCGUCAACAGCUGGCGGAGCCCUGACCUCUGCUCUGUGGGCCAGUGCCCGGCCAACCAGGUGUACCGGGAGUGCGGCGAGACCUGCGUGCAGACCUGCUCCAACCCGCAGCAUAGCUGCUCCAGCUUCUGCACCUUCGGCUGCUUCUGCCCAGAAGGGAUGGUUCUGGACGACAUCUCCAAAAACCACAGCUGCGUGUCCGAGCCCCAGUGUCCCUGCACGCUCAGCGGGGUGGUCUACGCCCCUGGGGAGGUCACAACAGCUGCCUGCCAGAACUGCCGGUGCACAGGGGGCCACUGGGAGUGUGAGGAGCGGCCCUGCCCACGACGCUGUGCCCUGGAGGGCGGCUCCUUCGUCACCACGUUCGACGCCAGGCCCUACCGCUUCCACGGCGCCUGCACCUACAUCCUUGUCCAGAGCCCCCAGCUCCCUGACGGCGGUUCGCUCAUGGCUGCGUUUGACAAGUCUGGCUACUCACACUCGGAGACCUCCCUGGUCGCUGUCAUCUACAAGUCCAGCCAGGACAAAAUCGUGAUUUCUCAGGACGAGGUGGUCACCAACAAUGGCGACAUCAAGUGGCUGCCAUACAAGACGCGAAACAUCACGGUCUUCAGGCAGACAUCCACCCACCUCCAGAUGGUCAGCACCUUCGGGCUAGAGCUCGUGAUCCAGCUAUGGCCUGUGUUCCAGCUGUACAUCACUGUCGGGCCCCAGUUCAGAGGCCAGACCAGAGGGCUCUGCGGCAACUUCAACGGGGACACGACGGACGAUUUCACCACGAGCAUGGGCAUCGCCGAGGGCACCGCCUCGCUUUUCGUGGACUCCUGGCGGGCGGGGAACUGCCCCGCUGCGCUGGAGCGUGAGACCGACCCCUGCUCCAUGAGCCAGCUCAACAAGGUGUGUGCGGAGACCCACUGUGCUGUGCUGGUGAAGAAGGGCGCGGUGUUCGAGAACUGCCACGCCACCGUGGACCCCAAGCCCUUCUACAAGAGGUGCGUGUACCAGGCCUGCAACUACGAGGAGACCUUCCCGCACAUCUGCGCCGCCCUUGGCGACUACGCGCUCGCAUGCGCCUCGCGGGGCGUCCUGCUACACGGUUGGAGGAACAGCGUGGACAACUGCAGCAUUCCCUGCACAGGCAACCAGACGUUCAGCUACGACAGCCAGGCCUGUGGCCACACGUGCCUGUCGCUGACCGACCGAGAGGCCGAGUGCCACCCCAGCGCUGUGCCAGUAGACGGCUGCAACUGCCCCGAGGGCACCUACCUGAACCACAAGACCGAGUGUGUGCGCAAGGCCCAGUGCCCGUGCCUUCUGGACAACCACGGGUUCAUCCUGGCCGACCAGUCCACCAUGGUCAAUGGGGUCGUCUGCCACUGCAUCAGCGGGCGGCUGAGCUGUCCAGCGCGGUCUCAGAUGCUUUUGGCAACCUGCUCAGCCCCAAAGACAUUCCAGUCCUGCAGCCAGUCCUCGGAGGACAAGUUUGGGGCAGCCUGCGCCCCCACCUGUCAGAUGCUGGCCACUGGCACACCCUGUGUGCCCACGAAGUGUGAGCCUGGCUGUGUCUGUGCCGAGGGGCUCUACGAGGACGCCAGUGGGCAGUGCGUGCCCCCUGAGGAGUGCCCAUGCGAGUUUGCGGGUGUCUCCUACCCCCGGGGCGCUGAGCUCCACACCAACUGUAAGAGCUGCACCUGCUCAAACGGGACGUGGUCCUGCCAGCAGAGCGCCCACUGCCCAUCCACCUGCAGCCUCUAUGGGGAGGGCCAUGUGGUCACCUUUGACGGGCAGCGCUUUGUGUUCGAGGGCAACUGCGAGUACAUCCUCGUCACGGAUGGCUGCAAUGCCAGCGACUCGCAGCCCACCUUCAAGAUCCUGACAGAGAACGUCGUGUGCGGGAAGUCGGGCGUCACCUGCUCGCGGGCCAUAAAGAUCCUCCUGGGGGGCCUGUCCAUCGUGCUGGCAGACGCCAACUACACGGUGAGCGGGGAGGACCCCGGCGUGCACUUCGGGGUCAAGGCUGGCUCCCUGAACCUGGUGCUGGACAUCACCAUCGGCAGCACGUACAACCUGACCCUCACCUGGAACAAGCACAUGACCAUCUUCAUCAAGGUUGCCCGCGCCUCCCAGGAUCCCCUCUGCGGCCUGUGUGGCAACUACAAUGGGAAUAUGAAGGACGACUUCCAGACACGCAGCAAGUACUUGGCAUCCAGUGAGCUGGAGUUUGUGAACUCCUGGAAGGAGAGCCCUCUGUGCGGCGACACCACCUUUGCGCUGGACCCCUGCAGCCUCAAUGCCUUCCGCCGCUCCUGGGCAGAGCGCAAGUGCAGCAUCAUCAACAGCCAAACCUUCGCUGCCUGCCACGGCCAGGUCUACCGCCUGCCCUACUAUGAGGCCUGCGUGCAGGACACAUGCGCGUGCGACACUGGCGGGGACUGCGAGUGCCUGUGUGACGCUGUGGCCGCCUACGCCAAGGCUUGCGUGGACAAGGGCGUGUGUGUGGACUGGCGGUCCCCCGACUUCUGCCCCGUGUACUGCGACUUCUACAACACGCACACGGAGGUGGGCGGUGAGUUACAGUACAUCCAGGGGGCCAACUGCACGUGGCGCUACCAGCCAUGCCUCUGCCCCGCGUGGCCACAGAGCAUCCCGGACAACAUCGAAGGCUGCUACAACUGCUCCCAGGAUGAGUACUUCGAUCACGACACGGGGACGUGUGUGCCAUGCAUGCCACCGCCCAGCACGCCAGCGCCCACAACAGGCUCGCCUGCCACAGAAACCACGCCAGCCAUGGCCAGCACCACACUGACCCCCAGCACUGGGCUCGGCUCCCCACCACCACCCACAGUCCCCACGCAGACGCCCAGCCUCCUGGCCACGGCCACAGCCUCCUCCUCCACACAGGCAGGGACAGCCCCGACCACCCGGACACAACCAGCAGUCUCCUCGGAGAAGUCACCUCAGAGCACCUCUGCUGUUACCACCCGGGCCACAUCCACAGCGACCCCCACGGCCACUCAAAGGUCCACAGCCAUGGGCCCUCCCGUGACCUGGGCCACCACACGGCCCCUGGGGCCCUCCCUCAGCACGACCACGCAGUCCACAGCUCGGGCCACGGCACACACCACUGCAGCCUCGCCAACCCUGGCAACAUCAGGAACCACCACAGGGCAUCCCACAACAUCCUCAACACAUCGAUGGACCCCCGAAACCCCCAUCAGCCAGGAGACACAGCGCACGGAGCCCCCACGGCCGCCAGAGAGCACCACAGGGCCCAGCACAGCAUACACCAGCCUGCAACCAACGGCCCCCACCAGUCACAGCACACAGGCUGCCCACUCCACGGCCAGCCCCCCUGGGCCAGAGCCCCCCUUCACUGCUCACUCCAGCACCACCCUUUCGCUUCCUCUCCCUACCACCUCCCAGACAACAGCUCCACCCACGGCAACACUCCUCCAGACCACCACACCCUACCCAACCCCAUCACCUCCAAAGACCCUUCCCAUCCACGUGUCAGUAUCAGCCACCUCCCCGGUGACCUCUCACCAGGUCAUCACCCUGACCGAGUCCGAUACCACCCUCUCCACCACAAUGCCAACUGGCACCCCUUCCCCAUCAACACACAUCCCUGUCACAGAGACAGUGCUCACAGCCACAGCCACGUCACUGACAACCACCACCACAGGGACCACCACACCCAGAGCCAUGCCACUGACAGAGACAACCAGAGAAACUACCACAUCCACAGCCACACCACUGACAGAGACCACCACAGGGACCACUACACCCACAGUCACACCAACCACCACAUCCACAGCCACACCACUGACAGAGACCACCACAUCCACAGCCACACCACUGACAGAGACCACCACAGGGACCACAACAGCCACAGUCACACCACUGACAGAGACCACCACACCCACAGUCACACCACUGACAGAGACCACCACACCCACAGUCACACCACAGACAGAGACCACCACAGCCACAGUCACACCACUCACAGAGACCACCACAUCCACAGCCACACCACUGACAGAGACCACCACAGGGACCACAACAGCCACAGUCACACCACUGACAGAGACCACCACACCCACAGUCACACCACUGACAGAGACCACCACACCCACAGUCACACCACUGACAGAGACCACCACACCCACAGUCACACCACAGACAGAGACCACAACACCCACAGCCACACCACUGACAGAGACCACCACAUCCACAGCCACACCACUGACAGAGACCACCACAGGGACCACUACACCCACAGUCACACCACUGACAGAGACCACAAUAGAAACCACCACGCCCAGAGUCACACCACUCACAGAGACCACCACACCCACAGUCACACCACUCACAGAGACCACCACAUCCACAGUCACACCACUGACAGAGACCACCACAUCCACACCACUGACACAGACCACAACAGAGACCACCAUACCCAAACCACUGACAAAGACCACAACAGAGACCACCACACCCACACCACUGACAAAGACCACCACACCCACAGCCACACCACUGACAGAGACCACCACAGGGACCACCACACCCACACCACUGACAGAGACCACCACAGUGACCACUACACCCAUAGUCACACCACUGACAAACACCACCACGCCCACAGUCACACCACUGACAGAGACCACCACACCCACAGUCACACCACUGACAGAGACCACCACAUCCACACCACUGACACAGACCACAACAGAGACCACCACACCCACAGUCACACCACUGACAGAGACCACCACAUCCACACCACUGACACAGACCACAACAGAGACCACCACACCCACAACUACCACAGGGACCACCACACCCACAGUCCCACCAUUGACAAACACCACAACAGGAACCACCACAUCCCAAACCCCACCACUGACCAAAACCACCACAGGGACCACCAUACCCACAGCCCCACCAUUGACAAAGACCACAACAGGGACCACUCAAGCCCAAAACUCAGUCAGCACAGUAACAACCUCCACAGCCCCAAUAUCACACUCUACUUCAACCAUCCUCCCUAUAACCACUUCUCCACCACUCACUACUAUCUCCCUUACAUCUACUAGUAGAGGCACUGGGACACCCAUGACACACACUACAACAGCCACCCCCACUGGGCCACACACUCCAUUCACCACUCAGUCCAGUGCCACCUUUUCUGUCCACACCACCUCUCACACAAGAGCUCUGCCAACAGGAACGUCCUUCCAGACCACCACCCCCCAUUCCACCCCAUCACAUCCAGAGACCCUUCCCAUCCAUGUGUCAACAUCUGCCACCACCUCGGUGACUCCAACCUCUCACCGAGUCAUUACCCCAACUGAGUCCCAUGCUACCUACUCCACCACAAAGCCUACUGGCACCCCAACGCCAUUGACACACAUCCCGGUCACAUCCACAGCACCCACAUCCAUAUCCCCACUAUUAACAAUAGGGACCACCACACCCACAACCCUGCCACUCACAAAGACCACAACAGGGAGCACACAAACCCAGAGCUUGGUCAUCACAGCCCUGCCACAAAGUUCUAGCUUCAGCUCUCCAUUAUCUUCUCCAACUUCUCUAAACCCAAGCCAAAGUCCUUUAACCACUUCUGUUUCCGUGUCAACUCUUCCACAUGAACACUCUUCUUCCAGUAUCUUGAAACCCUCCUCCUUACCCACUAUUUCCUCUCCUCCUUCUCAUGUGUCCUCGAACACCUCUCCUUUUAUAUCAUCUUCCCCUUCACCUUCUGCAGUUUCCACUUCACACAGCAUCCCAACUGUUAGUUCAGCUCCACACAGUCCCUCCCCCUCUGCACCUCUGACUGUAUCACAAACAGCCUCCCUGUCGACCAGCCCCCCUUCCCCAGCCACCUCCACACCCAUCAGGUCCUCCCACUCACCUCCAUCGUCUCCCACCCUGUCCCCUGUCCCCAGUUUUAGUACCAUAGUCCUGUCUACACCCCGGACCACAGCCAGCAGCCCCACUUCCUCCGUCCCAUCUUCUCAGUCCACCACCUCACAGUCCACCUCUCUCACCACCCAAACCCCCACCCACAGCCUCCUGUCUUCUACCCUGGGGGUGACAGCCAUCCCAAGUUCCCCAGCCACCAACCUCACCACUAGACAGCUGAGUACCACUGGGCUGCAGACUACCAUGUUCCUGACCAGCUCCAUCACUGCACACGGAAGCUCCUCCUUUCCCACCACCGGGUCUGUGUCCACUGAGAGCCAGUCCAUCUCCUCUCUUGCCACAUCUCUUCCCAGCCCUGCAGGUACUGAGACCAGUAGACCAGAGACACCUCCACCCACAGGGGCCUGCAGCGUGAAGGAGUCUGAUGAAGAAGUCACUUACCAGGGGUGCACAGCCAACAUCACGGUGACCCGCUGCGAGGGUGUGUGCACCUCCUCAGCCAGCUUCAACACCAACACCAUGCAAGUGGCCACCACCUGCAGCUGCUGCCACCCCGUCAGCUCCUACGAGAAGCGGCUCAUGCUGCCCUGCGAGGACCCUGUGGUGUGGGGGCAGCCGCUGGUGCUCACAGUGCAAGUGUUCAGCAGCUGUGCGUGCCGCCGCCAGCGCUGCGGAGACUAG